AAUUUUUGUGUGUGGGGGUGGCUUGUCGGUGCUGUGGCGGGAGCAAGCGCGGGACUCGGCGCUCGCUGCCCUUCGGUGCCAUGAGCUGCUCUGAGACGGCGGCAGGGCCCGGCCUUGGUCGCGGUCCCAGCCGCCUCCUGCCCCUGCUGGAGACCUUAGAGGACCCCGCCGCCUCGCCGGAGUCGCUGACCGACGCGCUGCUGACCCUCACCAAUCGCCUAACAGGUGAAGAAGGAAAAGACUUUGCAGCAGAAGUUGGAAAACACUUUCAUCAGCUCUACAAGAUAUUUAAGACGCACAUUCCUACUGAAAACUCAGAGUUGAGCAGUGCAGCUUUACAAGCAUUAGGAUUCUGUGUGUUUAAUUCAAAGAUUCCUUCUCAGUUAUGUGAAACAGAAAUACAGGAGUUGCUUUCAAUAGUGAACAGUGUUGCUGUAAAAGCGUCUGACAAGAACAUUCGAACUAGAGCUCUUUGGGUAAUCUCUAAGCAGUCCUUUCCUCCAGAUAUAGUUGGGAAAAUGGUACCCGGUAUUAUUACAAUGCUAGAAACAAUACUUAAUAAAGGAGACUUAAAUUCCAUGGUGGUUGAAUAUGAAGCGCUGAAUGUUAUCAUAAGGCUCAUAGAACAGGCUCCGUCCUGCAUGGAGGAACAGGCUGUAAAAUGGGCCAAGCUCAUAAUUCCGUUGGUUGUCCACUCAGCACAUAAAGUGCAAUUAAGAGGUGCAACUGCGUUGGAGAUGGGAAUUCCACUUUUGCUUCAGAAACAGCAGGAAGUAGCAGCAGUCACUGAAGAACUCAUGACUUCUAAAGUAAUUCCAGAGCUCCAGAAACUAUUUUCAUCAAAAAAUGAUACAUAUGUUUUAAAACUGUGGCCUCUGUUUGUUAAGCUGCUUGGGAAAUCACUGCAUCGUAGUGGAAGUUUUAUCAAUUCAUUACUGCAGUUAGAAGAACUUGGAUUUCGAAGUGGAUCGCCAGUGGUAAAGAAAAUAGCUUUCAUUGCAUGGAAGAGUCUGAUUGAUAACUUUGCUCUAAAUCCAGAAAUUUUAUGCAGUGCAAAGAGGCUGAAACUGUUAAUGCAACCAUUAAGCUCCAUCCAUGUGAGGACUGAAGCUCUGGCUCUGACCAAGCUGGAGGUCUGGUGGUAUCUGCUUAUGAGGCUUGGGCCUCAACUCCCAGCUCACUUUGAACAGGUUUGUGUACCAUUAAUUCAGAGCACUUUAGGCUUGGAUGCCUCUCUGUUACAAGGAAAUUCUUCACGGCUAGCUGCUAACCAGAGUUUAGCAACCCCAGGAUCUGCUCAGAAAUCAGGAUCUUUCCCUUUUGGAGCUCCUGUCACUCCAAGAAUGGCCCUGAAUUCCAGUGUAGGAGGUGGUGGAGUAAUUCCUGCCAUUCAGCUCUUAGGAAUUGAGAUGUUGCUUCACUUCUUCAUGGGACCCGAAGUUUUGACUUUUGCCAAGGAAAACAAAAUCGUACUUAGUUUAGAACCUCUUCAGUGUUCAGUGAUCACUAGUCCUUCUUUCUUCUGUAAACAUGCCAAUACAUUUAUAAAUGCAAUCCAGGAUGGCUUCACUGCAGUUGGAAAAGAUGUUUCUGAUAUAGUUCUGAAUGCUAUAUGGAAGGGAAUGAUUGGUUUUGUGAGUGCUGCAAUUGAAUCAGGUAGCAAGAAAGAGCGGCAAAGUUCAGAAGUGCUCACUGUGUUGCUACAAGCCUUGAAAAACAUUGUCACAUCAAAUGAGCUGCCUGUGUUAAAGUCACUAUCCCUGAUAGAAAUCACAAUUAAAGAAUUGCCUCCAAAAGUAUUGGGAUCACCGGCUUAUCAGGUUGCUAACAUGGAUCUCUUGAAUGGAACUCCAGCACUGUUCUUAAUUCAGCUUUCUUUUCGUAAAGAUCUGUUGGAAUUCUGUGUUCAAGAUGAAAGGUUUUUCUUGAACUAUGAGUCUCUUGUGAGUUUUGUUUUGUCCGGCCCUACUUCUCCUCUGGCUUUUAGUGAGUCUGUAUUGGUUGUUGUUAAUCAAAGUACAGAGUACCUGGAAAACAAAGAACAUCUUUGGAGAAUAUGGAAUAUUAUAGCUAACCCCCUAACUGAAUGGAUCAAUCAGACAAAUGAAGUAAAUCAAGGUGAUGCUUUAGAACAUAACUUCAGCGCAAUUUACAGUGUGUUAUUGCUUCCUGUAAAUCAUAUUUUCCCAGCUUGUGAAUUUCCACAGCCCACAAUGAAAAUGUUACUGCGCUCAUGGUCGGAGCUCUAUAAAGCGUUUGCCCGUUGUGCCUCUCUCGUGGCUACUGCAGAAGAUAAUCUGUGCUGUGAAGAACUCUGUGCCAAAAUAAUAUCUGAAUUAGACAAAACACAAAUUAAUCGGUCCAUGCUGGAGGGUCUUUCACACAUAGUAUCGAUUAUGGUUGAUUGCAUCAAUUUUGCACCUUAUGGUACUAAAUCUCAGCCACCAAAUAAAUCCCCACAGACACCUACAGAUUGGUCAAAAAAGAAGAAAGAUCCUCUUGGCAAGCUGUCUUCCUUAAUCAGACUUGUGGCAAUGCUGAUAAACUCGGUUCAUACGCUCUGGCCCAAGGAAUCCAGUUCUGAAAAACUGGUCCCUUCUGCUGCUUCUGUUGUCAGUGUUCUUCAGAAUAUCAUUGGCCACGUUUCUUUGCCUUCUGUAAUCAGAUCUGUAAUUAGAAUUAUUACAAAACCACUAGCAGUAUUCUAUGAAAAAGCCAAGUUGACUGAUGGAUCUAAAGUGAACAGUAGUCUCAGCAACAAGUUUGAAAAGUUAUGGAUGGAAAUCAUGAGCUGCCUGCAGUCCCACUAUACUGGAUCUUUUGACAGUGAGCUAUUGCAAGAGCUUUUUCCACUGCUGUGUUUAAUGUUCACAAAUAAGAAUAAGCAGACCCGUAGUCAAGCUGCUCAGUUCUGGAAUGCAACAUUUGGCAAAGCAACAAUGCUGAUGUAUCCAGAAGAAUUAAAAUCUGUUCUGUGCCAAGCCAAGCAGAAAAUUCUACUCUUAUUGCCUGGCUUUGAAAGUACUGAGAUAAUGGGCGAAUGCAAUGGGACAUAUUCUGACUCUCAGACAGAGAAUUCUCAAUGGGAUACAAAGAUAAGUGGAAUAGAAGUAAAGUCUAGUGGGAAAAGGGAUUCCUUGCUAGCACAAGCCAGUGAACUAAAGGAAAAAAAUACAAAUUGCCAUGAACUGCCUGCAAAGACAAAACUGGAAUUUUCACUGCCAAAAACAAAUAGAAAAGAUCUGAUUUUGGAAGAUGAAAAUACUGUUGACUUUGUGUUUAUUCCACCGGAAACAAAAGAGAGAGUAUUGACUGAGCACCAAAAAGAAGUUCUUCGAACAAAAAGGGUUGAUAUUCCUGCCAUGUACAACAAUCUGGAUGCAUCCCAAGAUACUGCCUUAUUUUCCCAGUAUACACAAAGCCAGGAAGCUUCUUUGAAAAAAAACACCUUGGAAAACAUGAAGGAAGAAGAUGAGGAAGAAGGCAAAAAAAUAUCCCAGGAUGAAAAAGUGGCGGACGAUCAGCUUAGCGUUCCCCCUGAAGUUGCUGAAAACUGCAAGCCAGAUGUAGAUUCUGUUUCCUCCAGAAAUACAACUAUGAAACAGCUUAGUGCCCCUGUGAAGCAAAGUCCAGAUCUAAACUGUGAGGGUUCAGAAUUGUGCAACCCUAAAAGAGUUCCAGGGGAACCAUUGUCCAUAUUGGAUCAGUCUCUCAAUGAAAGUAGCAGCAGCUCUGCUUCUAGUGAGGUCAUUUCAGGAACACCACAGCCUGUGAGCAGAAGACAGUCCUUCAUAACUUUAGAAAAAUUCGAUCGUUCAGAGAACAGACCUUUCAGCCCUUCAAAAUUCAAUAAUGUUUUCAGACCGUCUGGAAACAGUACUCCUUUGUUAGAUAAGCAGGAAAGCGUGAGUGGCACAGAUCCACUUUCUUCCAAAGAGAAGACCAGCAAGAGUGCGUCCAAACCCCAAAUGGAUGAAACUGUCUCUAGGACUAAGAGACCAUGUGUGGAAAGCAUAGAGGCAUUAGAGACCUGCCCUAAAGCCAAAAAAACGAAGGAAGAAUCUGAGGCUGCUUCAAAACUGCAAGCUGGGAAUAUGCCUGGAAUAAAGAAGUCGAGUCUCAGGCAGAGCAAAACGGAGCUUGCAGAGGACAAAAAAUCAAAGCUAACGGAAUCUGAGCAAGAGAAAAACAUUCAAGUAUCUCCUUCCAAAGAUGAGGUAGAAGAAUGUGACUUACUUGAGAAAACGCAAAAGCCACAAGAUACGUUGAAUGCUCAGUCUCAAGCUUCAGACUUGGAAAUAACUGGAGCUACAGCCGUGGAAAACAAACACAUUUUGAACAGUUUUGCAGAGAUGAAAGCAGGACUGAACUUGGAUUCAAAAGAGAAUACCCCUCCAGAAAUUACUGUACUGGGAGAUGCAACAUCUGUAGGUCAAACUCCACAAAUACUGCCUAAUCAAAAAAUAUUAAGGCGUUCUUUAAGACGUAGGCCAGAAACUACUGACGGAUCUGCAGACAGUCAAGACAAAGAGAACAGCCAUCAGAAGAAGGACAGACAUAAAGAUGAUGAAAAGCUGCUGCCAAAGAAAUCUUCACAAAGUAAAGAGGAUUCCACGCAGAAGCAGAAAUCUGCUCCUGAAAAGAACAUAGAUACCGAAGGACGUGUAAAUAAAAAAGAAGGCAGUGCACAUGGAAGCAGUGCUACCGAAGCUACUGGCCCGAAGGACUCUCAUGCUUCAAGAAACCUUCAAGAGGAGUCUAACACAAGUACGAGAAAAUCUGAAGGCAGUAACCCAUCUGAAACAGAUGGCUUGCAGGAUCCCUCUGCAGAUAACCCCCUUGAGAAACAAAAAGGGCUUCCACGGUAUCAGACGAGAAGAACCUCCCAAGGGCUGCUUUCCAGUAUAGAAAACUCUGAGUCUGAUUGCUCUGAGACGAGAGACGAAGGAACCAAGAAAAAACGCUCAGGAAGAUGGAAAAAUAAAAGCAACUCCAUUGAAAGCCAAGGAAAGGAAGAGUUGGAAAGCCAAAGCCAGGAGCUUUAUUCACAAGAAACUGCAAAUGAAAUUCAGACCUCUGUAGUGGGGAAUAAAGGUGUACUAAAUCAUGAGGAGUGCAUGGAAGUGGAUUUGCCCUCUGAUAAUAAUGAAGAGAAAGAGAGAAAUGCCCCUUGGCUUAAAGAUGGUUCAGGAGUUAAAGAAUCUGUGGAUGCUUCGGUUUGUAGAGACCCGUCUGAUGCAGAGCAAACUGAUGUGCCUAUUUCUGGGCCAGCUUCAAAGCCAAAGCAGAUAACCAGAGUUCUCCAUCAACAAGAACUUUUUCGAUAUGGCAGCAUAGGUUCCCUCACUGAACUUUCAGGAGAAAAUGCCUCUACUGCUGUUCCUAAUGGCUUUCCUCCCUCCAAAAAACUUUCAGAAACACCCGAGUGCCUGCACAAAAGAAGCAAGCGGAUGAGAAAAUCAAAGGGCUGUGAUUGCUGUGAUGAGAAGACAUCUCCUUUGCUGGAAAAGUCACUUAUAGAAGUGAAAAAAGCAGCAGAUAGUCCAGAGCCAAGGCCAAAAGAACAUAAAAGGACACCUAAUAAAGCCACAGUGGUUGCUUCAUACCCUUCUGCUGCUGAAGAGCCUCAUUCUGCAGAAAGGCUCUGUGUGGAGCCUUGCGCCACAAGUACGCCUCAGAGUUUCACUGGGGACCCUGUUGACAUGGAAGAUUCAAGCGCAAGCAUAGCGCAUACAGGAGAAUUGCCAAGGGAUGAUAUUUCGAUAGAUGAAUUCAAGGAAUCAGCAGGCAUGAAAAGUGAGAGUUCCGGUUCUGCUGCAGAAACGGUAGAUUGUGUUGGUGGGGCAGGGGUAGCUUCAGAGUCAAAUUUGGUAGAAGGCACUUCAAAGGAAUCCAUUGCCCCAUACCCAGCUUUAGAAAGUGAACUAGAUCCACUUGUUACAGAAAAGGGGGCUAUUCACCACAGUGGCCAACGACAAGAUAGAACUGAAACUGAGGUGGACGUGAACCCGCCUAUGAAAACAAAGUGUAGUGAACCAAUAGCUGACGUUGUUCAGAAUGGUGUGGAGAAGACUUUGGAAUGUUCUGUUGGUUCUCCUGUAGAAGCUCAAGAUACUGAUGUGGAUGAGAAAGUGUGUGCAGAAGCUGAUGGAGUGGCUGCGCUGACAGGACCUGAAACUUCAGCCCAGGCACACAAUGAAACCAAGGAAAACACUAACGUGGAUUCCCCUUUUAAGUUGAAGGUAUCUGAUGCUCUGACUUUGGACAGGAUCAGUGAAAGCCCUAACGGAGUGCAGGCACGCUGUAUAUGGUCUCCAUCAGCUUCCCCUUCUACCAGUAUUUUAAAGACAAGUAUAAAAAGACAGCAGGAGGAGGAUUCUCCAUCACCUGCAAACAAGAGCCGGCGAGUUUCCUUUGCUAAUCCAAUCUAUCAAGAAGAAUUGGCAGAUGAUAUUGAUAGGCGAAGCCCUGCGUUUAGAACGCAUUCAUCAAAUGGUUCUCCAUCUUCCCGAAGCAUUAAGCCUUCUUCUAAUCAUCCAACCAAGCCUAUUUCCACUCCAACCAAAGGAUCCCUGUCCCCAGGAUCACGUAGCCCUAAAUAUAAGAGCUCAAAGAAGUGUUUAAUCAUUGAAAUGGACAAAGAAACUCUACCCCCUCCCAUGGAAAGCAUAUAUCCAGCAUUGCAGGAUUGUAAGGCACCCGUUGACACCAUUUUGCCUCAGAUUACAUCAAAUAUUUGGGCAAGAGGGCUGGGGCAGCUCAUACGAGCAAAGAACAUCCGGACAGUUGGUGACUUGAGUUCUUUGACAGCAGCAGAGAUUAAAAUGCUUCCCAUCCGUUCUCCCAAGGUCUCCAAUGUUAGAAGAGCUCUUAAAGGAUAUCAUGAACAACAGCAGCUAAAAUAUCGUGGAUUUGAGGAAAUAGCUGCCCUGGAGGACACAGAGAAGCCAGUAAAUGGCACUGAUGAAAAGCCCUUUACUACAGAUGGAGAGAGAGUUGCAGCAGACUUGAGUGACCAAGCAACCUCCAAUGCAGAUGAGCAAUCACCUACAGACCUUUUCUCCCAGAUCAAUAUACUUGCUACUCAGAUUACUUCUGAAAAUCUUCACAGCUAUUCAGGCAAUGAACUUUUUGAAAUGCAAGAGAAACUAUAUAGUAUGACAAACUGUAUUAUGAAAAAUCUGCAGUCCCGUUGGAAAUCACCACCCCAUGAAAGCACCGUUUAAUCAUUUGUACUUAAGAACUAAUUCUUUGGGGAAUGGACUCAGUCACCAGAUACUUUUAUCUAAAAUCCUGUAUUUUUAGUUGAACACUUGACUUUAUGGGUUAUUUUAGUGAAAGGGGUUUUUGUAAUUUAAGACAACUACAUCAUCAAGGUGUAUAUCUUUUUUUUUUAAGUUCUGCACAUUUACUAUUUAGGUUUUUUGCUGCAAUGCACAGUUGCUGAAGUAAUUUUGCUAAGAUGUGCAAUAGCAAAAACUGUGAAACUAUGUAGUAGUACCUUAACUAUAUUUUUACAAAUUCUUAUUUUUUUAUUACUGUGUAAAAGAUAAGAUCUCAUUGCUCUUGAAGUAUUAAGUCUGGCUUGCCAAAGUAAUAUCUCCCCUGUGCUAGUACUGUGGUCAAUACCGGCCUUCUAGAUUGCCUUUUCUAUUCAGAUAUGCAGUACUUUAUUCAGCAUCAGUAUUUCCAAACACUUUCAUCAGUAGCUCUUGGCAGUUCCAUUUUUGCAUGCAUUCUCUGUAUACAAAAGGAAAAAAGUAUAUUGUUUGUAUGCAAUAGAUGCAAUAUUUUCAGGAUCCGAGCACAUAUCUUUGGAAUUUUAUAUGCAAAAGAGCUAUUUUCUCUCCUGCCACCCCCUGUGUUCUCUUCCUCUUUGGCAACAAAUAUGUUGGACAUAGAUAACUUUGUACAUUAUGUAUAGAUCUAACAAUUGCAGAUAUUAUAAAUUAUCUCUGUGAUAUUGAUGUGAGAAAUCUUGUUUGUAUACAGUACACAAUAUUUUACCAGUAUGAACACAGAUAAAAUGGGAUCAAUUCAGCUGUUAGGAAUUAGAUAUAUAGAUAUAUAUAUAUAAAAUAAAACAACAAAAUUCU